AUAACAUUAGAAUGCUAUAGUUAAGGUAGGAGAAUAAUUUGGAAUAUUAAUACUAACAGUAGAAUUUCUAUCAACUGAUUCUUCAGUUUAAUUAUUUACUGAAUAUCCCAAGUAUCCUAAACUGCUGUCGAAAUUACAUCCAAAGACUGCAUCAAAAUAUAUUGUUAUUGAAUGAUGUGCUUUAUUGAUAUUAUAAAUUUAAGAAAAU